AUGCUGCGACAAGAUUUCCGGCCGCCUGUUCUAGAUGCGAUUCGCACGGACUCUACUGCCGGAUUGAUUCAAACUUCAAACGAGUCAGGACGGUUAACUCCUAGUCGACAGCCAGAAACGACAGGACAAGACCCCGGGGUUUACGAAGGUAUAGCUCAUCCGUCAGCAGAAUACUUGUCCGCGUCCUCUACAGGUUAUGUGUCGGACACAGUGAGUGAUGCUCAAUCAGAAAUCUACAUGGGCGUAGAUUGGGUUCUUCUCUCCGACGCACAAAUCACGCAGCACGCACAAUGGUCUUUAGGCGGUGCUGUUCUUAGCUACCACGAUGUCUCAGAGCUGCUCAAUUUCUACGCACACAACUACAAUCCACACCUCCCUAUACUGGACCGGGUUACAUCUGUGGCGGACUUUCAUGACAGCAAUGUCUUCCUUUUCUGGACACUUUUGCGCACUGCCUGUUAUCGACAUCCCAAGUUCGGUCAUGUGUUCCAACUGAUUGCACGACCUUAUGAGCAGUUGCUCACGAUACACCUCCUCUCACCCAUCCGCGAUGUCAGGAUCAUUCAGGCCAUCCUCAUACUGUGUCAUUGGCCUAAUACAGGGUCGCAACAAAGUAAAGACCCAAGCUGGCAAUAUUGCGGAAUUGCCAUGAAUGCUGCCUUGCAAAUGGGCUUGGAUCAACUAGAGGCGGAGAUGUUACACCCCGGGAGUCGUGGACAGUCGAAUGCCCUCCAGGUGAGCGUCCAGUCACGGCGCAUGACUUGGCUGGCCUGCUUCAACACCAGCACAAAUCUCAGUGUCUGGUUUGGCAUCCGGCCACAUCUCUCUUCGCCCUCACAGCUGAACGCGACUUCAUCAAUGGCCAAAGAACCGAGUGUCCCACGCCAUUUCACGGUGCAAGUUGAACUCCAGCGUCAUGUUGUGCAAUAUUCCACAGCACUUGCUGGCGAUGUCGACAGCAGCACCUGUUCCACACUGCAGAGCCUUUUCAACACCGAACUGGACACUCUCUUGACGGUGUACCAGGACAUUUGGUCCCCGCGACUGGAAAUCCAGCGUCUCGGUGCCAAGUUAUACCUGUUCUCGCUGUGUCUUACCGUGACUUCGAAACAACGCAGUCGUCCCCAAGAACUCGACAUGCCCUAUGCCAUCGACCUCGCUCGAGUGUCAGUACAACUCGGCCUCCCUGCUGCAGUGUCUCUGAUUCACACCAUUGCCCAGCUGAACAACGAGUCUUUGGUGCAGGAGCCCGGUAACGGUGGAGUCAUCCACUACCCCAAGUUCUACUUUCGACUCGUCGUGUUCGCCGUCGUCUUUCUCAUGAAAUUCCUCAGCGCCGACCCCAGAGCUGCGCAACAGGACAGGGAGCUGGCAUUUUCACACAUCACUGCGGCACACCAGUUCUUCUCCAGUUUCGCCCCGGCGCAGGACUUUGCUCGCGUCGCGGAGGUGAUGGCGGACAUGGCCAGAAAUCUUAGAGUCGACGCGCAAGACCAUCCAAGCACGGUCGAGACCAGGCUGGGCGCAUCUCUCCUAUACGACACCAUGCAGAGAUUCAGGCGUCCCUUGGAAAGAUCUGGCGACAAUGAGGAACCUGCUGCACCCAUAGCGACAGAUUUCAAUGCUUGGGCCAUGCGGCCCGACGACGACGGAGCGAGCUGGGAAAGUCAGCGAGUGAUGGACUCGUCCUGUUGGCGGUCGCAUGACGCUGUUGCAUACAAAUUGCCAGAGUUGCAUGCGAAUUUGGAAGAAGGACUUGACUGCUUCCGGUGGAUGUCGGAUGACAUGCUCGUCGAGAUGAUGAAUUUGUGA